AUGUAUGCAACCAAGCGUCGUCGCAGAAAUACAAAAAAUUACAAAAGCCCAUUGAAAGAAAAUCAAAAGACCAAUCCGAGUAAACGUCACCGCGAACGUUUAAAUGGCGAAUUGGAGAAUCUAGCUUCGCUCUUACCAUUCGAACAAUCCAUCUUAACAAAACUUGAUAAACUAUCCAUCUUACGAUUGGCCGUUAGUUAUUUACGCGUGAAAUCCUAUUUCCAAGAUCAAAAAACAAAACGACGAGAAAAAGUAUCUAUUUGUCUUCAAUUUGAUUUGAUGUCCACGUUCAAAAAUCGACAACAUUUACAAAGUCAACAGCAACAAUAUGAAGCAACGACAUCAUCGACUAGUUCAUCGACAUCGUUAGGACUUUGUCAAGAGAUUUAUUAUCAUGAUCCGACAUUCAGUGAAGGAGAAUCGAUUUUAGAAGCUUUACAAGGUUUUGUUGUUAUUGUUAGUUGUGAUGGUGAAUUAUUCUUCGCUUCAAGAACUGUGGAACAAUAUCUUGGAUUCCAUCAAUCUGAUAUACUUCAUCAAAGCGCGUACGAAUUGAUUCAUUCCGAAGAUCGAGAUGAAUUCAAACGACAUUUACAAUGGAAUGAAAAACUCACGAAUGAACAUCAGAAUCUUUCAUUGGAACAAAUUUUAACCAAUUCAGAACACAAUCCUUUGUUAGAAAGGACAUUCACCGUACGAUUUCGCUGUUUACUCGAUAACACAUCAGGAUUUGUCACAUUGGAAAUCGAUGGACGAAUCGGAAUCUUAUAUGGUCAAAAGCCAUCACAUACAUUGGAGGAUCAUCGAUCAUUAGCAUUAUUUGGCAUCGCAUGUCCAUUUGGACCGCCUUCGUUAUUUGAAAUACCUCAACGCGAAAGUUUAUUCAAAUCUAAAUAUCGUUUAACAUUAGAACCUGUUUCACUUGAUCCAAGAGGAAAAUUAAUUCUCAAUUAUUCCGAUCAUGACUUAACUCAGAUUGGUAGUGGAUAUAAUUGGAUUCAUUCGGAUGAUUUGAAAUACUAUUCAACCGCUCACAGAGAAUUAAUAAAAACCGGUACAUCAGGUUUGGUUUGCUAUCGUGUGCAAACGAAAGAUGGUCGAUGGCAAUGGUUGCAAUCAUCCAUGCGGAUUAUCUACAAGAGUAAUAAGCCAGAUUUUGUCAUCGCCAAUCAUCGGCCAUUAACAGAUGAUGAAGGUGAAGAAUUGUUUUACAAACGUGGAACUGAAUUUAAAUUACCUUAUCCAUGUUUAUACGAUUUCGAUACCAAUUUCAAUUCGAAUGUCAACGAUGAUGAAAACUAUUCAUUGAAACAUCAUUCAGCAGCAGUCAAAAAUUCCACUACGAAUUUAUCCUUGUCACUAUCGAAUUCAUCACGUCCAGCAAAGAAAAUUGCCAAGACGGCGAUCAAACCUCAAACGAUCAAUCCAUUUACAUCGAAUUCUUCAUCAGCAUCAUCAUCAUCAUUCGAUCCAUACUACAACUCUUAUCCAUCAGCUUACGUCUCUCCAUAUCCAAAUGAUGUCACAACCGCGAGUUUCAUCGAAGCAGCAACAACCAACUACACAAACAAUGCCACCAAUUCGAAUGACUUAUUAUUAGCCAAUGAAACGAAUCCAUACAGUGGAACAUAUUCGAAUUACUAUGCAGCUGCAUUGCAACAACAAUAUCAGAAUAGUCUAACACCAUAUCAUGCUGUGUACUAUCAAGACACGAAUAAUCGUUAUUAUGCGAACCAUCGAACAUCACCGAAUACUCUCGCUGAUCAGACUUAUCAUCAACAUCAUCAUCAACCUCAAGCAACACAUGAAAACUAUCUGAUCGAUACAAAUAAUAGCAACAAUCCAUAUUCGUAUUAUUUAUACAACAAAGCUCCUGCAAUGACACAUCAUGGACACGAUUCCAAUAAUAAUCUUUCUCUCUUCGAUGUUUCACUGCCAACAUCUAUUCAUCAUUCUGUUAUAAAACAUUCGACUAAAAGAUAG